AUGUUUCCUACUCUGAGCACCUUUGCCGUUGCGCUGACAUGGUGGUUAAAUUGCGGCUUGCAUGUACAAGCAGUGAACAAGGACUUUCGAUAUCAGCCGACAGCACAUCAAGGCAAUUACCAAGUCUAUAACGCAUACGGGCCACAUUCAGUAAUCGUUCCUCAGCAAAGCCAUGAAUUUUAUCAAAAUUUGGCAGUGAUGCGUACCAAAGCUAUUCAAGACAAGCAAGUUCAAGUAAGACAAAUGUCAAAACGGUUCAGGGAAGUGUCUGCAAAGAAAGCUAGCACUACAAGAGCACCUACUCCUGAUGAAAUGAAUCAAUCGGUGAAGAAUAAAUUAUAUCAAAAUGCAUAUGUUUUAACAAGUCUUGGCAUGGCUCUCGCGGAUGAACAUUCGAAUGUUAAAGCAGGAAGAGUCAAUGGGGGAAAUAAUGGAGGCCAUACCUCAAUGCAUAAUGUAGAUACCUCAAGAGUGUAUUGGGCUAGUCCUGCCAUGAUUAAAGCCAAACAUUUCAUUCCAAUCACAGAAUAUCAUAACAAUCUGAACAAGCAAGGAUUUCAUGUUUCAGGUUCAUCGUCACAUACGAAUAGCCUGCAUGCUCAACGUGUUCCACCUGCCCACACCUCUCAGGUCUCAAGAACGAUCGAGCGCCGUCCUUCCCAUACUCAAGCUGCAACGCAACAGCAACCGGUAAAUGUUCACCAUGCUAGAUCGAAUUUUCAGCAAUAUCAACUUUUUCCCGCCGCCGGGAAAAAGACUCAAUAUGAAUUAUUCCCGUCCGCAGCAGGCAAUGUUCAUCAGCAUCAACAGUAG